GAGAAGAGUGCCUGUAGUGAGGACUGUAAUUAUUCCCCGAGGAGACGUCAUUAUAGUUUUUUUUUUAAUUCUUAUUAGUAUUACUCAAAAUCAAGAUCAGCGCGGUAAAUGCGCGUGCACGCAAUUAGUCUGGUUAAAUAGUCGGAAGUUUGGCGCGCAAUGGAGCGAAUGAUCUCGCGCACUGGAUAGGAGAACGACAGCUCUCUUGACGACUCGCACUCGGCGUUUAUUUAUUUAUUUUUAUUUAUCAUAUAAACUAGUUGUAUUUUAUGAAUGUAUGUAUGUAUUUCCAGACGGUUUCGGACGUGUGGAUAGUAAGGUCAGGUACUUGUUACAUAAGUAUGAGUUUGGCACAUCCGAGGAUUCAGCUGGGAUUGUGUUUAAGUUUCCAAACGCGCCUGUAAAUGCCUCUGUGUGGUUAAUUCGGAGAGCCCAUAAUGAGAGCGACAUUUCUGGACACAGUUUAAAUAGGACUGAUUUUAGGGUGAAAUACAGGAGGACAGCUACAGGCUGGUACAGCUCAUGACACAAGAAGGAGUAAUCAUAUCUGUCGUUUAUUUUUUAUUUUUUAAAAACAUCAUAUCACUGACAGAAUGACUAUCCAGAUGGAAUUUGAAGAGUGCUUAAAGGACUCCCCAAAGUUCAGGUCGCAAAUUGAGGGAGUAGAGGUGAAUGUGAAUGAACUGGAGUCACGACUCGAAAAGUUGGUGAAGCAGUGUAAUGCUAUGCUGGAUGCAGGCCGAACAUAUUGCGUGAGCAGUAAGAGCUUUGUAAGUGGAAUCAGGGAGCUUGGAUACAACUUCCCUGAAGACACAACAGUGCGGAAGUGUCUGGAAACAUUCUCCAAGAAGCUGUCCACCAUCCUCAUGGCUCAGGAGGAGCUCAUUGAAAGCACACAGAGGUCAGUGAAACAGAAGCUGCAGAGUUUUGUGAAAGAGGAUGUGAAACGCUUUAAAGAUGCACGCAAGGAAUUUGAGCGCAGCAGUGAGACUCUGGAGGCAGCUUUGGGCAGAAAUGCUCAGGCCCCUCGGGGAAAGACACAUGAGGUUGAGGAAGCCAGUCAAGCCCUUAUUCAAGCCCGUAAAGCCUUCAGAUCAGGGACCUUGGACUAUGUACUGCAGAUUAAAGUUAUUGAGUCCAAGAAGGAGACUGAUAUAAUGAUGUCGAUGAUCUCGCUGAUGGAAUCCCAGGCUGCCUUCUUCCAGCAGGGUCACCACUCCCUCGCAGAACUAGAGGAAUAUCGCAAACAACUAAACGAUGAGUGUACACAACUAGUUUUAAACUGUGCAAGAGAAAAGAGGGACAUGGAGCAGAGACAUUGUGACAUCAAGAAAAAGGAUGAGUCCUAUGAUGAAUCGAUCUUGGACUUCAAUCCAGACACAAACAGUGGAAUUGCCAUGGAGGGCUACCUAUACAAGAGAGCCAGCAAUGCCUUCAAAACAUGGAGCAGGCGUUGGUUUACCAUUCAAAAAAACCAACUGGUCUACCAAAAGAAAUUCAAAGAGCAGCCCACUGUGGUGGUGGAAGACUUGCGCCUGUGCACAGUGAAACCCUGUGCUGAACAGGAUAGAAGGUUCUGCUUUGAGGUUGUCUCACCCUCCAAGAGUUGUUUAUUGCAGGCUGAUUCAGAGCGACAGCAGCAGGGCUGGAUGAGUGCUGUGCAGAACAGCAUUGCUUCAGCAUUUCAGGAAAGGAGAGAGGACACAUGCAGCCCUAGGGAGCGCUGCAGCUCUAUGUCAGGCAGUUUGAAUCAAGGUGUCGAGCGAAAGGACUGUAAAGCCUUGGAGGAGGUGCAGGCUAUACCUGGGAACAACCAGUGCUGUGACUGUGGAGAACCAGGACCGGACUGGGCCUCCAUUAAUCUGGGCAUAACACUCUGCAUCACCUGCUCUGGAAUACACAGGAGUCUGGGUGUCCAUUUCUCUAAAGUACGCUCUUUAACCUUGGACUCGUGGGAGCCUGAACUUAUAAAACUGAUGUGCGAGUUGGGAAACACUGCUAUCAACCGGAUCUACGAGGCACGCAUUGAUGAGAUUACGAUAAAGAAGCCACACCCUUCCAGUCCCAGGCAGGAUAAAGAGUCGUGGAUACGUUCAAAAUAUGUGGAGAAAAAAUUUAUCCACAAGCUUCCUGAAACAGGGCGUGGGACCCCGCUGCGUCGCUCCAGUGCACGCCGUCAUCGAUCAACGACACAAGACAAACUGAGCCAACGUCCUCCCCUUAAGCCUAAACCCAGCAGAGCCACUCUGGCACGAAACACAGGCUUGACCCCAAGUGAAAUAAUGAACAGUACUGGCUCUUCCAAAGAUGAGGAAGAGGAGGAGGAUUUGAGUGGUCUUCACCCUGGCGCUCUUCUGUACCGCUCUGCAUCACUCCAGCAUUUUCCCGUUAUGGCCGAUGCUCUAGCUCACGGGGCUGAUGUUAAUUGGGUUAACGUAAACGAGGAGAGCAAAACACCACUCAUACAGGCAGCGACUGUGAAUUCUUUGGCAGCAUGUGAGUUCUUGCUGCAGAACGGUGCAAAUGUUAACCAGGCUGACUCGAACGGGAGAGGACCCUUACACCAUGCUACUAUACUGGGACAUACAGGGCUGGUGUGUUUGUUUCUGAAAAGAGGUGCUGACUACAACAAAAAGGAUGUCAGCCAAAAAGACCCAAUCACCAUAGCUGUAGAGAGUGCCAACGCUGAUAUUGUUACACUCCUCCGAAUAGCCAAGAUGAACAAGGAGAUGCGGGAGAUGGACGGCUUCGCUCAAUCAGGUGAUGAGACCUAUCAAGAUAUCUUUAGGGAUUUCUCUCAAAUGGCUUCCAACAACCCUGAGAAGCUGAAACGACGCAGUGCUGAUAUCAAAACCCCAUAACCAGAAGAUGCAAGAUUGUACCAGUUCUCUUAUUAUUCUCUCACACAUGUGCUGGAAG